UUCGCGACAGUUUGAAACCGAAACUCGCUCCGAUCGAAAGUGCAGAGAGGUUGUUUCGCGGUGUACGUUCCAUUUUUCGCAGAUAUGCAUUCGGCUGACGGUGUUCUGCAGUGAAAAAGUGAUAUUUAUGUGCUUUCCUCAUAAUUUCAGUGACUAGUGCCGCUGUAAACCGUUGAUUGUCUAUCCGAAGCAAAUCGGAAAUUGGUUGUUCGGGAUUGGAAACAACCGAAAAAGUGAUAAAACGUUCCCGGAAGUGUGUUUCGAGUCGCAGAAAUUUUCUAGCUCGUUUUUUCUUCUCGUUUUCCCCGCACGGUGGAGCAGAGCAGAAACAGCAGACAGAUACACGGAUUCGAGUCAGCAGCGGAGAAAUUUUUGCUAAAAAAUGGCCGUGAACGUGUACUCGACGAACGUAACGACAGACAACCUGUCGCGGCAUGAUAUGCUCUCGUGGGUCAACGACUGCCUCCGGUCGCAGUUCACGAAAAUCGAAGAACUAUGUACGGGUGCCGCUUACUGCCAGUAUAUGGACAUGCUCUUUCCGGGCUCAGUGCCAAUGAAACGCAUAAAGUUUCGUACGAACCUAGAACACGAAUACAUUCAGAACUUCAAAAUCCUGCAGGCGGCUUUCAAGAAGAUGAAUGUUGAUAAGAUUAUCCCAAUCGAUAAACUAAUCAAAGGUCGUUUCCAAGAUAAUUUUGAGUUUUUGCAAUGGUUCAAAAAAUUCUUCGACGCGAAUUACGACGGUAGAGAAUACGACGCUUAUCUGGCACGGGAUAACCUACCGAUGGGUAUGGGUGGCGCCGGUGCGCCGAAAGGCAAUGGGGUGGCAGUGGCGGCAGCUUCUGUACCUCGCCGGGCACCACUAGUGUCAUCCACGUCACGAGAUAAAAUUAAGCCGAUCACACCCAGUAGACCGAUGGCGCAAACGGUCAGCAGACCGGCGGGUGGAUUGGGCUCAACGGCGAACGCCAGUAAAUCCUCCUCGCAGAACAGCGUGACGAAUCAGCAGGUUGAAGAGCUAACGACGCAAGUCAUGGACAUGCGGUUACACUUGGAGGGACUCGAGAAGGAGCGCGACUUCUAUUUCAGCAAGCUGAGAGACAUCGAAAUUCUCUGCCAAGAAGACGAACAAAAUGAGACCCCCAACUCGCUGAUCCAAAGAAUCCUUAACAUUCUGUAUGCAACGGAGGAUGGUUUCGCCCCUCCGGAUGAUGUUCCGCCAGAGGAGGAGGAAUAUUAAAGAGAAGCUUUCGUCAUUAACGCACCAACAGUUCUGAUGAACACUUUCGCGCUAUUACCGGUCACGAUCAGGGCAGCCGCCGGACAUUAUCAUCAUCCUUUCACGGUUUCUUGAAAAUGCACUAAACAUUAUCAGCGUGUCCCCAAUACUUCCGGGUAACCAUAACCAGGUACAAGCAUCGAUAGUGGUUAAGCGAUAAUGAGAUGAUCAGCUUCUUGAUCGUGGAGGAAACUGCGUGUGUGUGCACGAUCAAACCAGACUCUAAGAAGAAUAACGCGAAAGCUAAAAUACACCUUAUGAGAGAAGAAGAUUGCGGUAGUGGUGAAAUUUUGUUUCUUUUGUAUUUAAAAUAAUUCAUUAUAAAUAACUAUUAUCAAUGUGACUAAUCAGAGCAGUUUUUUUUUCGCAAGCGAAAUAAGAAAGGGGAAUCGUGAAACAAGUAUGAAGUAGUUAUACAAUGAACACACCUUCAAAAUUCGGAAUCUGUAACCAACCAAACAAGUAUUGCAUCUAAACGUAAAUAUUUACGCAAAAAUUAGUAAAGAUAUCCAUCAGCAUUAAUUGCACAAAAGAUUUCCUUUCGGCAUUUUUGUGUCCAGUGGUUGAGCGUGCUGUUUGUAAUAUUGAACGCAUUUCUGGGAUGGGUGCAAAUUGACUGUUUAAAAUAGCGUGUAUUGUUAUGCAUUUCGUCCUCAGUUAUCGUUGAAGUAAUCUGGCUUUAUGUUGAUUGUCAACUUACGCUCUGCAUUCAUUAAAUGAUUCAAUCCAACCUCUAAGAACAAAACUCCUAACAACCUGUAAAGCAGCGGUCCAUGUUAAAUACAAGAUGCCUUGCUAACUAUGCCCCACCAGUCUACGCGAUCGAGUGAUUUGUUUAACAGAGCUUAUUCAUCGAUACCAUACACCAAUAGACACAGUUUUUGACGCCUCAAUCUCGGUCCUAUAAUAUUUUGUUCGAAUAUUUGUCGUUUCUACAGAGUGAGUGCCGUAUUAUUAGAAGUUAUUUGCACAUCAUGGUGGUCAUAAUGUGGGAAAUGAUUAAAAACGCUACUAAUUUAUAUUUGUAAUAAAACUGCUAUAUCAGAACAUACUGUAUGAUAGGCAUAUAAGGGUUAGCUCAAAUACUCUGUUGAUAAGAAGUCAUUGAAAAAUAAUCUCGAGAGUAAAACAUCUGAUCGUACGCCCUCCCGUAAUUGUUACAUAAUCGUGUGAGAGUCGCAGUAAACCAUAAAUAAAAUAUAACUUAAAACAUCUGUGCUGUUUCUGCUGCUAUGACCAGUAUGCAUGAUUCAAAUAGAAAA